CGCGCAUGCGCGAGCAGCAGAAGCGGAGGAGCGGCCAUGUUUACAAAAGCCACCGCAGCCGCUGGGACCGCGCAGCCGGUUCGCGCUACGCGCCGGCUGUGCCUGCUUGCAACAGCGUUUCCGCGGACCGUGAAUGGUGCCUGAGGACACGACUUGCAUUGCGUACCGCGCAGACCUCUAUGAAAGGACCGACCAAACAGUUCGGAGGAAACAAUCAUGAAACUCAUCCGCUGGGUAGAGGUGCACAUCGGUCGAUCACGCAAGAGGGCCAAGAAGACACCCACAAAGCAACAGGCGUCGCCCCACUGCAGCAUCCCGUCUGACAAGUGCAUCUCACCGCUGCAUACAACUGCUGAAGGCACCUCACAUUUGGGAUGCCGUGCCAAGCCUUGCCUAGAAGCGGAACCGCGAACCAGUAAUCUGCCCAAGCUACCAAUGCACAUCCGCACCAGCUUUCUGGGUCAGGCGUCACCGGCAGAUGCACGCCAGAGGAGCGGAAUCAAGACAAACCCGUGGAUUGCGUCUUCGCGAAGCCCCUGCGGAAGCAGCUCGGCAGACUCCGGUUGGGCCGGAUCGCACUCCGGCUCCGAGGGCGAUUACGGGGAUGCGUGCCAGCUGCUGCCGCCGCACGAGCCUCGCGACCAUUGGUCCUCGAUGGGAUCCCUGCGCAGCCGCGCGGCCGCCGGCGACUCAAGCAUGCGGGGCGGUUCUCCGCUUCGCACAUCGUGGACCUUAGACCGGCGGCCAUCGCCCCUCACUGGAUGUACGUCGACACAGCUACCCGUGUCGGCGAGACAGCAGCAGCGUGAAACCGCCCGCCGAGCAUUGACCGGUAUCUGCGACAGUAGCGAAGACGAGGCCUACUCUGAGGACUUCCUCCAGUCCGAGGACAGCAGCGACGCUGUGACCGUUGUGAAAGCUGGAACACCGCAGACUGACUCGGCUUGCGACCCUGGAAGCAGCUGCACCACAACGCCCCUGUCCGAGUGUUCCUCACAGCUACAAACAACUGAGACGUUUGCCGACAAAGUACGGCGUCUGCAAGCCCAGAGGGUGGUGGUCGAGCAGAAGGUCCACGAGGCCCGUAUCGAGGAGCAGGCUUCGCGCGAUCAGAGGAUUCAACUCCACCGCGAACUGAUGCAGUUCCGGAGGCUUACGCUGCUGCACUCAUUGCAGGAGUUGCGAUACGACCUCGAGCAGCGCACAGCUUUCGAGACAGCGCAUGGAGGGCGGCAUUGACAACACGUUCGAUGCUUGCACGCUAAAAAGUGCAUGUUUGGCGCUGUACAUAGGGCGCUGUGUGACCAGCUAUUUCGCACGAGUUUAUCUGGCGUCCUAACGUCGUCUAUGCGCUGUAUUCAGAUAACUGGCAGGUCCACUGGCAACAGGGAGCCAUGACUUAGAAACGCAUUCCUUGCAAGGAUUUUAUUUGUCCGCAGUGGGUAUAACGCGCAGUGUGCUGCGGUCUGGGUAGAACAAUAUCAUAAGAUCAAAGCAUCGCUAAGUUGCAUUCAUUAGAUAUCUUGAAUAUAGCAAUUCCUAAAGGGGUCAUGUUUUCGCAAUGCAACUCAUUUCAUCGGCUACAUGAAACGUCCACACCGUAAAAUAUGAGUAAAUUUUAUGGUCUCAAUAUUUUUAAAAUAUUUUUUUUAUUUACUUGUGAAUGCCUUGGCAGUUUGGCAACACGCGUACUUGCGACUACUGACGUCAUAGAGUUGAAGCCCGCCCCUCGCGCCGUGUGCUGUAGUGGCAUACUGACGUUUGUUUACCAUAGCUGCAUAGAAGGCACCACUUGCUCCCUUGACGUGAAACGAGAACAGCGCUUCGGUGAAAGCAUACAAAUAAUGCGUUAACUCGGCAAUGUGUACAAAUUUAGCCAACUGUUCACUCAUGUCACUCUGAGAAGUGCGACCUGAUGAGUUCGAAAAACGGUGAUGGAACGCUUCCACCACAGGUGCCGCCGCGUCUUGCAUGCGCUCCCCGCGACGUAAAAAAAUAGUUUAUAGCAAACCAUCAUGGCCCUCCACUAAAAUAAAAUUCAUUAUGUAUGAAAAGAUUCCUGAACCCUUUCAUGCGUGUGCACGCCUAGGUAGUGCAUCAACGUAACAGAAGCACUGAUGGAAAAAAAUAUAUUUAUAACGUGUAGCAUGACGCACUUUUGAUUGAACCUAUGCUGAAAUUUUGAACAAUCUGUGUAAACUCUUUUCAUAAAACAAAUUGGAAGGUAGA